AUGCCUCGAAGGAUUGUCCUCGUCUCCGGCGCUGAACAAGGUGUUGGUUAUGCAAUUGCCCAAAGUCUUGCGGCUUCCGGAGAUGGCUAUCAUAUCUUUAUCACCAGCAGCAAUCUCGAGGCAGCGGAAAAGGCGCUGAUCAGUAUCAGUGCAAACAUGACAAAUGCAAAGAACCGAUUAUAUGCAAUUCAGCUUGAUUCGACGAAUGCAGCCUCUAUCGAUGACGCUAAAGCAUUUAUUGAUGAUCGUUAUGGGAGGCUCAACGUCUUAAUAAAUGUCGGAGUCAAAAUUCCGGCGCUGAAUACGAAGGCUGGAGAACAUGAAGAAAAUUCUGUUGAUUUCCCACCAUUGUCUAUUGUGUUUCGGCCGCUCUUGCUUCGGAGCUCAAAUCCAUACUCCUUGUAUAUUAGGUCGUAUAUGGAAGCUCUCGCACCCAAAGCCGAAAACGCGGAGGCACAUUCUUCCAGUGAUACGACAAAUCAAAUAAGCAGAGAGGAAUUAAAAAUCCUCGUUGAGAAAGAGCAUGCUGUGUACGGGGAUGAGGGACUAAAAGUAUUCGCGUUGAACCUCGGAACCUCUGCGACACAUGGCAAGAGCAACGACGAGAACGGUAAUCUUAUCUUAAGAAUUCUGAGAGGCGAAAGAGAUAAUGAGGCAGGUAGACUUGUACAUUAA